CCCCACCUACUCGGUCUUUUCCAGUACAACAAACGUUCAUCAAACCAACAACAGUACAGCUGCACAGAGAGCUGCACCUGAACCUGAACACCGCAUUUUAUUACAUCUUACUUACAUUUGAGGCUAAACCUGAGCGAUUUGAGCAAAAAUGUCUCUGCAACAGGAUCUGAUGCACCCCAGUUUUGCAAAAGAGAGGACAAGACACAAGAAGAAGAGGCUGGUGCAGAGUCCCAACUCCUACUUCAUGGAUGUUAAAUGCGUAGGCUGCUACAAGAUCACCACAGUCUUCAGCCAUGCCCAGACAGUGGUACCCUGUGCAGGCUGCUCUUUAAUCCUCUGCCAACCACGAGGGGGCAAAUGCAGACUGACUGCAGGCUGUGCCUUCAGAAGAAAAUAUUCCUGAGGAGAGGUAUGACAAAACACCUACGACAGGCAGCAGAAUGGACCAUGGAUAAAUGAGUCUGAGCCUCACACUCCAUGAUUUUAAGUCAGUUAGUUAGUGGAGAAAUCAGCCAUAAAUGUAUGGCAUAUCGAUAAUGGUGAUUGGGAUUUGAUCCGCCCUGCCCUCCACAGUGGGGUUUCAUAAGACAGCAGGAGAGGGCUAUGCAAGAUGAACUUAAUGCAGACAUUCCCAUGUGCUCAGAAUGUAUUUUCUGUAUAUCAGAUUGAUAAGAUGAAGCACUUAAUGUUAAUUAGUUUUAAGUAAAAUAUAUAUAAUAUAAUAUGUUAACUAAUAAUCAUUAGGCACAAAAAGUCCAAUAACUCAUGAUUUCUGUAAAACAUUUAUUAGGUAGACAUAGAGGGGGAGGGAGGGUGUUGGUGAAUGAAAUAUUUCAAAAUGGUCUCGAUCAUAUGUGAGGCGCUUUUUCAUGGCCAUGGCAUGAGAUGACCAUCACAAACAAAAAUAAAAACAAUUUCAGAAUUUAUUGUCUGUGUUAUGUGUGUUCUUUGGUCUUGAGAGUUCCCCUGGCAAAAAGAAGUGGCGUAAAUGAAACAAAACCCAAAAAAAAAAAAAAA